ACGAUUGUUUAAUUGAUUUCAAAUCGAAUUAUUGUGCGGUCCGUUUAGACGUACGAUCAGCGAUUUUAGUCUAGCAAUUAAGGAAGUAUUUUUCCAAUACAAUCCUUUCGAAAACGUGACUCUGAUCACUUGGCCAGUGAUCAUUUGCGGCGUAUCCACAUUAGUGUUACAAUAAAUAACAGGUUUUUCAGAGUUUAUUGAAACAGAAUGAAAGAUCCCCGGACAAGAAUCCCGAAGUAUACUUCUGAUGCCUUUGAUAAUGUUGAAUAUCAAUUGCUGGUGACGUAUACCGUGGAAACGGAUCGUCGCGUUAUGAGCUUUUUCGAUGAACUGUGGGGUAUUGAGGUUACUGGCGGUGUGGAUCAGUUUGAACCGCUUACCAUCAUUAAUGUUACACCCACUGGUUUGGCACGCAGGGCUGGUAUGCGUAUCGGUGAUGAAAUAACACAAAUCAAUGAUACGCCAGCAUUGGAUUUGACAUUUAACGAGGCCCUUCAACUUUUCCGCAGUUCAAGGAGAUUUGUCCGAGUCUAUGUGAGAGGUGAUGUGGAUGAUGACGGUUUGGAGGAUUGGACCGUUGACUUCUGGUUUACCCCACGCCGUCCAUGGCGCCGUGACUUCAAACCCAUUCAAUGGGAAUUCCCGUGGAAUGAUCGUCGCAAACCCAUUUAUCGUGAAUCCAAUUGUUUCAUGGUCCCAUCUCGCAUGGAAGAAAAGAUUCGUCAACGUCGUGCUGCCACUUCAAUUAUGAAGAAAAAAGAAGAGGGUACUCCACAUACCAGAUCUUUGACGCCAGCCCCACGUCCGAAAAAUCAACCUGGACCCAAUUUGUUAGAGGGUGUAUUGGGUCCUCGCGGUAUGCCACCACGGAAGUGAGUGCAUUGAUGGAACCGUAGAUACACAGAUUUUCUCUCAGCACCCACUGGAUCAUUUAGCCCGCAGAUGAUGAUGGAUGAAUGGAUUUUCUGUGGAGCUGAGCAAAAUGGUGUAGAAUGUGUCCAUUGUUCUCAUUUAAGAAGAUACACAAAUGCAAAUGGAAAAACUCA